CUUCCUGUUAGAGCUGUGGAGAUGGUAGGAGAAGGUGGCAAAUUGUCUACAAAUCGAACGAAGAGAAGCAUGGUUAAAUUACUGCUGUAGAUAUAAAAAAGUUAAAAAGAGUAAUCCAACAUGCCUCACACAGACUGGAAAGCAAGACUUGGAUUCACAAAUGUUGACAUCUUGAAGGAAUAUACGCCACCAGAGGUUAUAAAGAAGUAUUAUCCUGGAGGGUAUAUUGGGUUUGAUAAACAUGGCAGUCCAGUUUUCAUUGAUCCAGUUGGAAUGAUUGAUUUCAAAGGCCUUCUUCAUUCUGUGAAGGGAGAUGACAUUCUGAGAACGAGAAUGUUUAUAGCAGAACAAGGAAUACAGUUAUGCAAAGAGCAAUCUGAAAAGCUUCAGAAGAAUAUCAAUCAGACUACAUUGAUUUUUGAUUUGCAUGGCCUUGGUCUAAAACAUAUGUGGAAGCCAGGUGUCAGACUUUUCAACGCGAUUGCGACUAUGUUUGAAGACGAUUACCCGCAUCUUAUGAAGCAAACAUUCGUUGUAAAUUCACCAAGAGUUUUCCCGGUCCUGUUUGCAUUAGUAAAACCAUUCCUGAGCGAUGAAACAAAAAGAAAAAUCAAAAUUUUAGGAGGAAACUGGAAGAGUGAGCUUCUGAAGUACAUCGAUGCCAAUCAACUCCCUGUUCAUUAUGGCGGCACAUUGUUUGGAAAGGAUGGUGACACAAUGUGCAAGGAAGACGUAUGUUAUGGAGGUGAGGUUCCAAAGUCCUACUAUUCUCAUGACGAAAAGAUGGAAAAUGAUGGCUACGAGUAUACUUUGGUCAAGCAUGGGUGUGAGUUCAACCUUGAAUACAAAGUUACUGAGCCAGGGAGCAUCCUUCAUUGGUACUUUAGGACUGAGGGGUAUGACAUUGGGUUUGGAGUUUAUCGAAAAGAGGAAGGGCAAAGCAACGGGCGAAUGGACGAAAUAAUUGCAUUAGACAAAAGAGAAAGUCAUCUAAUUGCAGAAGAUGGCUGUUACACAUGCAGUAAACAAGGCAUUUACGUUGUAAAAUUUGAUAACUCUUACAGCUGGACGAAAAGCAAAAGGCUUCAUUAUCAGAUAGGCCUUACACCUUGCGCCGGAGGAUUGUAGGCUGUUCACAACCUUAUCGAUCGUAUUUGCUAUUCGCUGAAAAAAAAUUACGCUUGCUCAUCGUUUAAAUCUAUUCGAAAGAUUAUUUGUUGAUAUUGCAUCGCAGUUAAAAACUCGUUCCGCUAAAAAUUACUGGAAAUGCAGUUGCUUUCACUCUCUCAUGUUACUUUUCAUGCAGGUUUUUACUCUAGGUUCCAGGUACUUUAUGUCCACUGUUAAACAAUACCGCUGCUAUUAAUGAUGGGGUAGCUGAUGCUUUAGGGGGCCUAGCAUAAAUCUUGCCCUGGGGGGCUUAGCAUAGAUCUGCCCUAGAGGGCCCAGCAUAGAUCUUGCCCUGGGGGGCCUAGCAUAGAUCUGCCCUAGAGGGCCCAGCAUAGAUCUUGCCCUGGGGGGCCUAGCAUAGAUCUUUCCCUGGGGGGCCUAGCAUAGAUCUUGCUCUGGGGGGCCUAGCAUAGAUCUUGCCCUGGGGGGCCUAGCAUAAAUCUUGCUCUGGGGGGCCUAGCAUAGAUCUUGCUCUGGGGGGCCUAGCAUAGAUCUUGCUCUGGGGGGCCUAGCAUAGAUCUUGCCCUGGGGGGCCUAGCAUAGAUCUUGCUCUGGGGGGCCUAGCAUAGAUCUUUCCCUGGGGGGCCUAGCAUAGAUCUUGCUCUGGGGGGCCUAGCAUAGAUCUUGCCCUGAGGGGCCUAGCAUAGAUCUUGCCCUGGGGGCCAAGCAUAGAUCUUGCCCUAGGGGGCUUAGCAUAGCUCUUACUCUAGGGGGGCCUAGCAUAGCUCUUGCAUAGAAAUGUUAUUGCUUUAUUUAGAUUGAAAUGCCCGAACGAGGCUUGAAAUGCCAUAAAUUUUGCCGAAUUAGGGGAUUUUAGCCUUCCACCCCCAGGUCCUCUACGCCUAUGAUCAAGGCAACUUUGUCAUUGUAUUCUUAGUCCGUCCAAACAGUGGUUUCUUGAGUAUUAACACGAACAAGCAGAGGAGAAAAGAAACGUGCCAAUUUUCUUUUGCCAUAUUUAGCUAUGGAAGGCCAAGAAUGUAACAGAAAUAUCUUGUUAUACACCCUAAUGUGCCCGAAUCUUCAAAAUGUUUCUCAGAGUUACUGAAAGAACAGGUGUUUCAGUGUUAAUUCUAUCAAAUAAUUUUUUUUCAGUUACACAGUGCAAACUUGCCGAGAAUUAGGAGAAGUUACUUAUUUCAAAUUAGUAUUAAACUGUUUAGAGGUUUACCCAUAAUUUCAGCUUCCUGGUUUUCGAAGAUCUUUGAUUAAUCUCAUCAUAAGAAAAGAUGUAGAAAUAGUGACACAAGUUGCUGUGUUUUCGUUAAUUAUGUCGUAAUGUAUCAUAUGAAAAAUCUGAAUUA